AUUUGGCUGCGGAGGUGAAACCGGUACCCGGGCUCUACAGCACGCCGCGAAGCCGCGCCAGCGCCUCGUCGAAGUCCAUAGAUUAAAAAAUAUAUUUAUACAUUUUCCAAAAACUAUUGACUCAUUGAGAAUUCCAGCUGACCAAAGAAAUGGUGAUGGAGAAGCCAAGUGCCCAGCUGGUCGGGCGAGAGUUUGUCCGACAGUAUUACACGCUCCUGAACCAGGCCCCUGACUACCUGCACAGGUUUUACGGGAAGAACUCGUCGUACGUGCAUGGCGGUGUGGACGGCAAUGGCAAACCGCUGGAGCCGGUUUAUGGACAGUCGGAGAUCCACAAGAGGGUGAUGGCGCUGAGUUUCCGGGACUGUCACACCAAAAUACGGCACGUGGAUGCGCACGCCACCCUGAACGAAGGGGUGGUGGUGCAGGUGAUGGGGGAGCUCUCCAACAACCUGCAGCCCAUGAGGAAGUUCAUGCAGACCUUCGUACUGGCACCGGAGGGCACGGUCCCCAACAAGUUCUACGUCCACAACGACGUGUUCAGGUACCAGGACGAGGUGUUUGCCGACUCGGACUCCGAGGUUCCUGAAGAGUCAGAAGAUGAGGAUCUGGAGAGGGCCCCCUCCCCCGAUACCACAGAGGAGCCCGCCCCUUUCUACGACCCCACGGCCUGUUCUGAGCCCACCGCCCCCGGUGACGAUGAGGAGGUGGGGGCCAGUCCAGAGCCGGAGGUGGAGAAGGACCUGGAGGCUCCUGAGGCGGAGACGGCCCACGACAGCCGGACAGAAACGCACUCUGACGACGAGCAGACGGAGAAGAGGCCGUCCACCCCCGCAGCGCCCACCACAGAACCGGUUUCGGCGCCGGCCGAGCCCGCUCCGAGCGCCCCGGAAGAAAACAGACCGUUCUCCUGGGCGUCUGUUACCAGUAAGAACCUCCCUCCCAGCGGCGCCAUCGCCGUGUCCGGAAUCAGCCCACAUGUUGUCAAAGUGGCCCCCGCGGCUCCGGUGAGAACAGAAGUGAAGCCAGAGUCUCAGACGACGCAGAGACCACAGAGGGAGCAGAGGCCGCGAGAGCAGAGGCCCGGGGGCCCUCCCCCCACACACAGGGGGCCGCGACCAGCUCGAGAAGGCGAACAGGGCGAGCCGGAGGGUCGCAGGAUCGUCCGCUAUCCUGACGCGCACCAGCUCUUCGUUGGAAACGUUCCCCAUGACGUGGACAAAAACGAACUGAAGGAGUUCUUUGAGCAGUACGGGGCGGUUCUGGAGCUGAGGAUCAACAGCGGAGGGAAGCUACCCAAUUUUGGCUUCGUGGUGUUUGAUGACUCUGAACCGGUUCAGAAGAUCCUCAACAACAAGCCCAUCAAGUUCCGAGGAGACAUCCGCCUGAACGUGGAGGAAAAGAAGACUCGCUCCGCCAGGGAGGGCGACCGGCGGGACUCCAGGCCCCGGGGCCCAGGCGGUCCCAGAGAGCGAGUUGGGGGCGGACCCAGAGGACCGCCCACUCGUGGGGGAAUGUCCCAGAAGCCCAGCUUUGGCUCUGGGCGGGGGGCGGGCCCCAGCGAGAGCCGCUUCUCGGCUCCCCGUCAGUGAGCUUCAGUUUUCCGGCUGCAGACCUAACAGAAGCUGCAGCCGCAUUUUUAACCAUCCACUCACUCUGGCUCCCGCUGAACCCCCCCCGGCCCCCCGUGACAUUUCUGGAAGGAGUGUUCAAAGGCUGCAGGAGUUGUUUGGGGGGUCUGCAGUGACCCCACCCCCUCCCAUCCUAUUGGUUCCUGCACUCAGACGGCGGUGCGUUCAGGAACCGGUUCUUUUCUCUUCAGUUUGACUUUACUUUUGGCGUUGAACUUGAAUCUCACAAAUGAAAAACCAACAAAAAGGCGUAAAUAUUACUUGAAUUGGGGAUGUAGAGACCCAGAGGCUUAUUUUAUUUUCCGAGUUCUCUCCCUGUUUCUUAAAGGAACGUGUACUUUUACUGCUUUGGGCAAUCCUGUGUAUUGCUGCCACCGUUGUUUCGAGCGAUGGCCCCGCCCAUCGUUUUUAUCAGGUCACGAGCUGAACUGUAGUUUUCUUUGAUGUCGAUGUUGUAAUCUACACAAACGUGUCUGAAUGGAUCAAACCUGUUCGCCUUUUUUUUACCAAUGCACUUCAUUUGUCAUCAUGUUUAAGCUCAUGCCGACGAGAGAACUAAAUUAAACCAUUUACUGUUUUCA